CGGGCGGUGACGCAGUGGCAGUAGCAAGUGUCGGGUGUCUCUGAAGGUUUCACAAAAAGAGUGAGUCAACGGAAGUUCGCUCAGGUAUUAUCAUAGCUGCCAGAGAUGGACAGUGGUCCCUUCAGUCGACGCUCUUGGGCGACACAAUCCUUGCGUGUUACUGCAAAGGAGCUGUCACUGAGCAGCAGAGGAAAGAACAAUGCCAUCGCUGAACGCUUUUCCAAGUACCAAAAAGCUGCUGAGGAAGCCAGUACAGAGAAGAAAAAAGGAGCUCCUCAGAGUGCGGCUCCCUCCUUGCGAUUAGCCAACCUAAGCGCGCUGAGGAACCGCUGGGAGCAGAGGGGGAGCAGCAGUAAGGACAAGUCUUCCUCAGUCCCAACUCCUGUCCAGUCCAGCAUCUGCCGCAGGCCUCCUGCUCUGGCCAGACCCCCGUCUAUCACAGAGCAACCCAUUCCAGUGACGAGCCCCACUGUGCCAACUGAUCAGGAAGGCCCCCUUACAGAUCCAACACCAAGCAGAGGUGAAGAAGACAGAGGGAUGGACAGGGAUGAGCUGACAUGCAGUGACAGACCAGAAAAGCUUGAAGAGCCUGUUCCAACCAGCCCCCGUGCCUCUUACGAGAAACCUCGGGUGCCACUGAACAACCUGAAGAUGAAGUUUGAGAGAGGAAAUGACGCCUCAGGAAAGGGUGGCAGGACAACACUUCGCAGUACUUCAUCAGAAGACAUGGACCAGCAAGGAGGUACGUCUGUGUCCAAACGUGUGGUUGAGUCGACAUCCAUGAAGGAGAAGAUGGCAAAGUACCAGACCUCUGUUUCUAAACAAAGCAGUGCUCGAUCUGGUGCAGCCACAGAGUUGCCUGCUCAAAAAACAUCUGUUGCAGUAAAUCAGAAACAUGGCCCUGAACCUGAGUGCAAUGGGGAGAGCAGCGAGCAACCCAAAGCAUCAAGGAAGUUUUGCCCUCAGGUGAAAGAGACUUGCGUCGCAUGUUUAAAGACUGUGUAUCCUCUGGAGAGACUUGUGGCUCUGAAGCAUGUCUACCACAAGAGCUGCUUUCGUUGUGUGCACUGCAGCAUGAAACUUGGUCUUGGGAACUAUGCUUCUCUGCAUGGUAACGUCUACUGCAAGCCCCAUUUCAACCAGCUGUUUAAAGCUAAAGGAAACUAUGACGAGGGCUUUGGCCACCGUCCUCACAAAGAGCUGUGGGAGCCACGAGCUGAAGGAGAGGAGGGUGAGGAAGGGGUGAAGCUGAAAGAGGAAGAAAAACCUGUAGCAGAGAUGCGACCAGCUGAGAGUGUCCUAAAUCAUGACAAAUCGCCAACCCCGCCUGAGGAGACAUCCCCGCAGGUUAAAGUCACAGAUCUGACCGCCGCUCUGGAGACACGAGUACAGACACAUGGCAGCCUCAGUGAGAAACCUCAAUCUGCUGAGACACGCAGGCUCAGGGUUGCCUGGCCUCCCCUGGCAGGUGAGGGCCAGUCUGGGUCUGCAGCUCUCAGUCCAGUCACAGAGGGGGCUCCGUCUGGCCGGUUAGGGAGAGCCAAGUGGCCUCCGGAGGAUGAGGUGCAGUCAUCCUUCCAGAGCACAGAGCGGGCCGAGCUGAAGAGCCUGAGGAGGAGCUCAUCUCUAAAGGAGCGCUGUCGGCCUUUCACCGUCGCAGCCAAACCCAACCCUGCAGCCAGCCUGGCCCCCAGGGAGCCUCGUCGCCCACUCAAAUCCCUGCUAGAGUGGAGAGCGUCAUUUGAGGAGAAACAAAAAGCUGAAGAAGCAGCCAAGGAAAAUAAGCCGGAACAUCUGGAGGAGAAGAAGGAACCAAACAAAAAAGAAGCAAGUGCAAGAGAGAGCGUCUCAGGGGAGGCCAUGGAGACUCAGAGGAAGGAAGAACAAAUAAAGGAAGUCAAAGCAGCAGAAGACAAGAUGGUGGCAGAAGUGAGCUCUUUAAGAAGCAUCUCGCCAGGUACCUCACCAUCUCCUUCUCCACCUGCACAGCCAAGACAGAACCGCGCCUCCCAGGAUGUGGGAUUCUGGGAGGAGGACAAAGAGGGAAGUGAAGCCGAGGAGCUGAGUGCAGAGGAUAUAAUCAAGAGGAACCGCUACUACGAUGACGAGGAGGAUGACUGUGAAUCAUAGAAACUCUUUAAAUGUCAUACCAAGCCAACAUUUUACACUUCUGAGUUUUCAUCUGAGUCUUUAAGUAGAUCCAAAUAGAGCUUUGCCAGUUUUUUUAGUUUAUAAGACCAACAUUUAUUAUGUAUGUGCAUAUAAUUUGCAUUAACUGCCUUUAAUUAAGUUCAGAAUCAAAAUUUUUAAUGAUGAACUGAUAAUGCAGCUUUUAUAUGACUCCUGAUUUUACUGGAACUUUGGCCUUCAUAGUUUUUUAUUGCCUCUAAAAACCUCUUCUAUUGCAGCACCAUCUGUGGUGUUUCCAUUUGCAGGUAAUGUGUUGAAAAAACUUUUUAUAUGCUUAGUUUUAGUGCUUUAUAAUAACAGCCAUAAGCCCUCUGCAUUAGUAACAACAGGCAUUAUGCCUUUCAUUUGUAAUUUUCUGACCUCAAUUCAAAAACUUUUUUUUUUUUUUUUUGCCACAGUACUGUUUGUAAGAUAUCUGGGCAUUUUAUUAUUUAUAUUUUU